CUUUUUUCUUCUAACUUAUUUUCUACAUCGGUCACUCGAAAUUGCUUCUGCUAGCUAAACUGGUGUUAGGUGUUGUCUGUUAUCCAAAUUAGAAAACCAACACUGAUAAAAUUAUUAACACUAUGUCACUGCUGAGAAGAUUUUUCCCUACUGUUCGAGCCCAAGAGGACGAAGAACUAGUCGAUCCUCAAGUUGUUAUAAGGGAAAAUUGUAAUGAAGCUGACAAGCACACUAAAGAACUGAGAAUCAGGCUGGAGGAAUGCAACAAUAGAGUCAACAGCAAAUCACAAACAGCGGAGACCUGCACAGAAGAACUUUUUGACUAUCUUCAUGCUCUAGAUCACUGUGUCACCAACAAGUUGUUUUCUCAGCUCAAGUGAAAUGUAGACAAUUUAUAAUAGAACAACUCGUGUAUAGUAAUUUAGAACUAUUUCGCAAUCUUAUUUUUUUUUUUCGAUCAUGCCGAAUAUUAUUUAAUUUUAUUGUCAUAUGGAAACUGCCAAAUAUGUAAAAAUAAAUUGUUUAUGUUA